AUGUCCGACUCGGAAGAUAGUUCCAUUGACAUAAAUGAAUACUCGAUCCGUGAUUACUACAAAUUGCUUCGCCCUCUAUGGGCUGCAAAAAAUAUCAAUGCCAGUUAUUUAAAUAACCAUAAGUUACUCCGCACUUUAGUCGAUUUCUCGUUAACACAUUCAUUAUACCUCAAGAAUCUUCAAAAGAGAGAAUUAGAACUUGGUGAUAUAAUUCCCACAAAAAUUAAUUAUGUCGACGCUCUAGUAAUCAAGACUCCCAACAAUAACAGUUUAAAUAACACAGAACACGCUUAUCAAUACUAUGGAUGUUUCAGAAAUAAAUUCGUGGAAUUUUGUCCUCACUUGGCCAUAGCAGUCUACUUGUUCAGUAGAUUCCAUAUUCCAGAUGAGUACGGAUCACUUGAAUUCAUGGUCUCGGACUACAAGAACAAACUCUCCCUAGAAGAUGUCAAGCUAUUGAAAGGAAACAAUAAGCUAUCCGCCAUAUCUUAUAGUCAACAACAUAAAUCGUCCAUCAAUGCCCUAAGCCUAAGUGGUUUAAACUAUAAGGAUAUCAACCUUAAUAAACUUUUAGUCACUCAAACUUUAGACAUUCAAGAAAAGUUAGUUCUGUUGGACAUUGACCAUCUUCCUCAUCUGGUCAUGUUGAGCUUGGCCGGUUUCGAAUCUUUCACUGACUACAAUAUAGCAAGAAAUUCAGUAGAACCUCCACAGGAAUUGCUUGAACAAAUCUUCCCUUUCAUCAAUAAGCCAAAUCCAGAAGAGUCUUUGGCCAUGACUAGAAUCAGACAGUUAUUGAUGAUGCUUAGAAGGACCUUGUGUCAAGAUAUGGUUAUAAUCAAGAAGAAAUAUCCAUCUAAUCCAGUUUCCAGAAAUCCAAUUUUCAGCUCGGAAUUAUUUACCAACUUCUGCAAUGAAGAAUAUGAUCAAAAUAGCAGCGAUAACAAGGUAGACCUUCAAAAAAUUAUCGAAAUUCAAAAUAGUAAAAUUAAGAACUUGGAAGAGCAACUAGGCAAUUAUUACUCUGAACAGAGGGUUAUAUUUUCCAAUCUCAGUGAUUUCAUCGAGCGUCAAAAUGAAGUAUUUCAGCGCCAGAGUGAAUACAUGCAAAAGAUCCAAAAUUCUACAAAUGGUCUUCUUGUUCUCUUAUCUACGAGGAACAAGAAUAUGAUCCCUCUAGUUCAACAAAGUCUAUCAGAAACUAGUGAAUUUAUUUCGUCCAUCAACAACACAAAUAUUAAACAAGGAUUGAAUAACAGCAUUGAAUUACUUGCAAAAUUGAAUAGCAACACACACAGCCAACAGCAACACAUAGUUUCCAUCACAAACAACACACAAUCGAUAAUCAACCAAAGUAUAGUACAACCACCCAGCGAGCGGCCAAGCAGCACUCCUUUCCAGCCACCACCAUUAACUCCAAAACAAAUAGAACGUCAAACAGUUUUGAGGAGGCGUUUGUCCAGACAGGCUACUACCUUAUUUGAAAUGUGGGACGAUUUUAAGGGUUUGGAACAAGAGUUGAAAGACCAUGAAAUUACCGUGACAGAAUGGUUAAAGGUUCAUGGAAGUUCUGAAAGACAAUUUAGACACACUCGGUUAAAGAUUAUCAAGUUUAUUGAGGAUGAGGCAGCAAGAAGGAAUUGCCCAGUUGAAUUUGUCAAGGAAAAACUCCAUACAAAGAUGAGAAAUAGAGUGAGACCUUGGACUUUAGACGAAGUACAGAGAAUGCUUACUUCAGGUAAGAGAAUUGAUUUGGACGACUAG